CUUCACAGAUUGAAUUUGCUCCCCUGUAUACUGGAGGGAAGGAAUAGGAGCAUGUUGGUAUGGAAUGAGGUCUUUGAUCAUAUGAAAAAGUGGAGGAAGCUGCAGAGACUUAGUGCUGGCUGCUCCCGUUGCACGCUUCUGAAUGCUUCUUCACCUCACCAGUCGUGUGUGAACAAUUCAGAUAGGUGUCAGAAUCAGACAAGAGCCAAUCAGUAAACAUGGGAGCACGAGUACCCUGCAGGAGCGGUGCUGGCAGCAGCAGCAGGGAACAGGACGAGGCGGAGAAGGAGCCGUGCCAGGGAAUGAAGGCAUGACCCCCGCUGGUGUGUUAGACCCCAGGAUAAGCUGUCCCAGAACUGACCAAGGCCUUACAGGACAGGAGCUUCACAGGCGAUGUACUGAGCUGAUAAAUCCUACCGGGGGCAAGGAGCAACUCGGUCUCUGCUACAUCACUGAUGUUUAUGGAAAACAAGGAGAGGAGGUCACUCGACCCCUGUGUUUUGGAGGAGCGCUACCAGGCAGAAGGGAAAAGCUCAACCUUUCUGCAGGCACAGCAUGAUAUAAACAAACCUGCCUCUGGACAUGUCAUGGCUUAAAAUAGAUGUUCAUACAUCAGCCUUUCUACAGCAGCGGCGGCAGCAGCAGGAAGACAUGGCCGACUGGAUCUGACUACAACACUCACUUUGAGCAGAGAAAUCACAGCCCUCAUAAAGGACCGUGGGUGGCAGCAGCAGCAGAAGCGACCUCCAGGCCACUCUCCGGCCUUCACGAACCCACAGGUAUGCCUUGUGGGUCUCGGCAGCUCCAAUGGCUUUCCUGUCCAGGUUCUCCAGGAAUGGCACCAGGUCACCGAGCCGGGGCUCACGGGAAGAGCGCAACAACCACCCCAUCCUCAGCGUCUUUGAGCUUGAAAGGUUGCUGUACACGGGAAAGACGGCCUGUAAUCAUGCUGAUGAGGUCUGGCCGGGACUCUACCUGGGCGAUCAAGAUAUAGCGGCCAACCGGCGUGAGCUGGCCCACCUGCGCAUCACCCACAUCCUCAACGCCUCACACAGCAAGUGGAGGGGGGGUGCUGAGUACUACGAGGGCACGGGCAUCCGCUACCUGGGCAUCGAGGCCCAUGACUCACCUUCCUUCGACAUGAGCCCCUACUUUUACCCUGCAGCUGACUUCAUCCACCAAGCGCUGAAUGAAGGAAGGAUCCUUGUGCACUGUGCUGUCGGGGUGAGCAGGUCGGCCACUUUGGUCCUCGCCUACCUCAUGAUCCGCCACCACAUGCCCCUUGUAGAAGCCAUAAAGACAGUCAAGGACCACCGUGGUAUCAUCCCCAACCGGGGUUUCUUGCGCCAGCUGGUUGCCCUGGACAAUUCCCUGAGGCUGAAGAGGAGUGCGUGAAGGAGGACGAGAGGGGUUGUGCGGUGGGAGCGUUGUGUGUGCGAUGCUCACCUGACCCCGAUGCCCGCUGAGUGGCAGAGGUAGGGCUUUCCUCACGGUGCAGACGCUUGGCAGCUAACGGGUUACAUGCAACUGGCCCCUGGGCCUCCCCCUCCGCUAAGGGGGUCCCCAGACAUGCGAGCUAUUCCUAGUGGUAAAGCAUAGGCCCUCAACCUGCAAUCUUGCCACCUAGGUAGGCCUAGUGUAUAGCCUCCUUCCCAGCCUGCUCGCUCCAAGAUGUCUCUGGAGGGACUCAGCCCCACGUUUCAGGUUACUCUAUCCCUGUUGGCUCCCAGAAGCCUUCAAGGCUCCGUUCUCCCAUGCGGCAGAUGCAUUUGCCAAGCCAGUCCUGUCCCUCCCUCCUCCUCCUGUCCUCUGUGUGUUCUGUGUCCUGUUUCCCAUUCGUUUUUGGUCUGUGUAGCAAUGUGAAUUAGGUCUGGUGUGUGGGCUCAGGCAAACAGGCCUUUUGUCGUAGUGUUUGGAUGUCCUCAUGCCUAGUGUUAACCUGUGAAAAUAAAAACAGUGCUAAGGAAAAA